UUAGCACUGUCAAGUGUGACUGAAGAGCGCUGUGAUGGCCACACAGAGAGUACUCCCACAAAGCAAAGAAACUCUUCUGCAGAACUACAAUAAGAGACUUAAAGAUGACAUCAGGUCAAUUCUAGACAAUUUCACCGAAAUAAUCAAAACGGCAAAGGUGGAAGAUGAGACUCAGGUUUCCAGGGCGACACAAGCUGAGCAGGAUCACUAUGAAAUGCACGUGCGAGCUGCCAACAUAGUACGUGCAGGAGAGUCUCUCAUGAAGCUUGUCUCAGACCUUAAGCAGUUCCUCAUCCUGAAUGACUUCCCCUCUGUCAACGAGGCCAUCAGUCUCCGCAACCAGCAGCUGCGCACGCUGCAGGAAGAGUGCGACAAGAAGCUCAUCUCCCUGCGUGAUGAGAUUGCCAUCGACCUGUAUGAGCUCGAGGAAGAGUAUUACUCCUCCAGCUGUGGACAGUGGGAUGGUGUUGAGUUGCCACUUUGUGAGACCUUUCAUCGGCAGGACAGUUGGGGGUCCCCUGAGAUGACCUCUGACCCCUCGUGUGCCAACCCAGAGGAUUCAGACCACUUGGGGACCCAGGAGUCCAUGCAGCGUCACCUAAACAGCCACGGCAGCAGCACUAGUGAGCAGUCAUGAAAUACCAGUGGCUUCCUUCAUGGACCAGUUAGAUUACACAUUUAAGCAAUUUGCCAUUAUAAAAAGCCCCAUCUUAAACCUCCAGCUGCAGACUGCAAAUCUAGUCAACUACUUGAAUUGAUGAUGUGAUUUUGUCCAGCAAAAAUGACACUGAAUUAAUGCUGAGAACAUUUCAAUGAAUAGUAUUUCUAAUUCGUAGUUGGGUAACUUGCUACAUUGGAAUAAAGAAGUGUUUGUCUUUGUGUCUGUUUAUUGGCUAAAUUUAAUGUCUCUUUGGGUAAAAUUACAACUAUGCUAUACUUUCAUUGUUGUUCUGCAAAAAAUACAAGUUGAGUAAUUUAACAACUUUAAGCAAGUGGUGUUUUGGAUGCUAAAAGAAAAGGAGACUUCUCUGUAAACAUGCUGCCUACAUUUGAGUAAAUCUAGCUCCUCUAUUUAAGUAACAAAAUAAGCUGUUAAAUUUCAUUGUAUGUUUCAUAGUAUAUGUACACUGUAAUGCUCUUCAAAAUGUGACUGCCAAGGAACUGUUCUCUUUUUUUUUUUUAUUCAUUUACAUGUAUAUAUUUUUAUUGCUGUGCUACCGUAGGACAAUCUUUCCAUUUUAGGUAAUUAAAAUACACCCAAGCAAAAACUAAGAGGAAAGGAAAUGUUGUAACUCUAAUAGAGGUUAUAAUAUUACUUUAUUUCAUUAGCAAAGUCUGUAGAAUAAAAAUAACCUUUAAUAAAACAAUGACGUUUCAUUAAUAUAAAGUGAUAAAUCAAUUCUGUUGAACAGACUGAAACACACAUUAUAUAAUGCAUUAACAUGGUGCACAGUACAUUAUUAUGAAAACAAAAUGUUCUUCUAUUUUAUAAAGUUUGCAAAGAUGACCAAUGUUUUGGGGGGAGUUUUAUUGUAAAAUGUUUACGACUGCAUGUCAAAUAUUUACAUCUCUCAUUUUACAGGG